AUGCGAGAGUCACCCUCGGGGGCGAAUAGCCCCAGAAGUUCCACAGGAUCAUUGGCUGGUGGGGCUGUGACCAAGAACCUAGGCUUCCAGCAACAGCAAGCGGAGUACCCUUGGACCAGCUCAGCUAUCUCGUUGGCAGGAAAUUGCAACUCAAAUCUACAAGGUGAACAACAGCAGUCUGGGUUAGUGCGCAGUGUCAGCAAUGCUUCCGCUCUCACAUCGCUCUGCGCCGAUCUGUCGCCAUCCGAUUCGCAUUUCUUCGAAGUAUUAUACAUAGGCAAAGUAAGAAUAUCACAACGGAAAGUUCCAGAAUCACUUAUUGAUGACGCUCUUAUUAAAUUUGCUCAACAUGAAGCGGAGAAAAUUAAAAACUUAAGGCGACAUAGUCUUUUGUCUUCUACUGGAACUUCUGUUUAUAGCAAUGACUCCACAGAAAACGUCAAUGAUAGCCAAAAUGAAGUAGAUAGAAAAUCAAACCCAACACCAAAUAAGACCCCUUUAGAGCCAGACAAACUAAUCGGAGCUAACGAUGCAGUAACAAAAAGUAAGACUGAAACGAAUGAGAUUGAGAAAGAGUUCGACAUGUUUAGCAAAGAGAGAAUAGAAAAGAUUAAUAUCAAAAAAGUUUCACAUGAAGCUUUAGCAUUUACUGUUCCUAAAAACAAUCUCGGUACUGUAGAAGAAGAUGAAGAAAAACACGAUGUUGAUUCAGUUAUAACUGAAUCUGCAUCUUCCAUAACACAAUUCUCCCAAAACGCUAUCAAGAAAGAUAAGAAUGAAUCUAAUGAUGUUCUAAAUGAAGAAAGUAAAAAUUUAGACAAAGAAAUUCUAGAUAAAUCUAAUAAUAAUAAUGCUAAAGAAGGUAGUCUUAUUAAUUUUGAUGAGAUAGCAAGAAAACCAAAGAUUUCAGAUGUUACGAGCGAAGGCGGUGAUUUUAGAAAACAUACAAUGCCUGAAAACAAACCGUUUCUAAGAGAUAGAUCGGCUUCUAUAGGCACAUUAAAUUUGAAAACACCAAUUACACAGUUGAUUGGUGAACAAAAUAGAACGAUGCUAUUUCAAGUUGGUCGUUCUGAAUUAAGACUGAUAAGUCCUGACAGGAAGCAGAUAUUGUUGCAUAGAGAAUUCAAAGAUGUUGCCAGCUGUGUUCUGGGUAGGAUCAAUAAAGAACAUUUCGGUUUUGUAUGCAGGGAGACCAACGAUUCCUACGCUUGCUACGUGUUUAAAUGUGAAAGUGAUUCUAUUGCUCAAGAAGUCAUCAAUGCUAUAAGGCAGGCUUUCAUAGCACAUGCAGAGCUUCUCAAGAAAUCUCGGGAAAAGUCUCCAAAUAUGACUUGUGAACAUUGCCCCAUGCUGUGGUAUCAUAGACUCUGUCAUGAUAUUGAAGGCAUGAACGAGAAGAAAAUUCACGCCUUCAUUUUACGUAGAGUGGAACAGCUACCCGAAGAUGAACAAGACCUUAUCAUAACUAAAUAUCAAGGCGGGACCAAUCACAUGUAUGAGGUCAAUGAACAUAACUCUUUUCUAAUGAUGCUUCUGAGAGCUCAUUGUGAAGCGAGGCAGUUGAGGCACGUUCAUGAUACUGCAGAAAACAGAUCAGAGUUCCUGAAUCAAUAUCUUGGUGGCAGCACAAUAUUUAUGAAAGCCAAGAGAUCAUUAUCUAGCGGUUUCGAUCACUUACUGAAAAGGAAAGCAAGUAGAGACGAUGGUGUCGUGAAGAAGGAAUCAUCUCCUCUAACUCUAACAUCACCGAUGGACACAGCAUCGGAACCAUCAAACACAGUUCUACUGACACCAACUGAAACAGUUAGAUGCAAAUCAUUAUCACCAGCCACUCCAACAAAUGAGCCAGAAACAUUAUCCUCACCGAAAACUCCGCCAGCUCCUGUUGAAGAAGAACCAGAAGAAUCUAAAGAAGAAUGCAAUACACCUGUAGUCUCACCAAUGAUGGAUAUUUUUCUGAAAGUGAGCGAUUCGAGACCAUCACCGACAGAGGCCGGCAGUGAAUCCGAUGCCACAUGGCGUCAAGCAAUUUACGAGAAAGUCGUACAGCCAACAGAACACCAAGAGGGAAGUCUAAGUUCCACAAGUCUACUUGGUCUGCCACCAUCUCAUGGCAAACGUACCAAAGAACAAUUGAGGAGUUUAUGGAAGAUGGCAAUCAAUCAGACCAUUCUGCUAGUAAGAAUGGAAAAAGAGAAUGCUAAACUUAAAGAAAGCGAAGAAUCUUCAGCGGUCCGACGCAUAAAGCUCGAAUACGCAGAGCUGGGUGUUUGUGAUGCCGGCGUAGUACUCAUGUGGGACUCGUUGUUAACUCGGGACAGUUCCCGGCCAGUCAACAAGGUCGAUAGGCAUAUGCUCACUCAAGCUGUCAUACAAGGCGUGCCACGUGUAUCGAGGGGGGGUGUGUGGUACUUCUUAGCAAAGCAAGCUAGUCUCGGUUCUCCGCCACCAGAUGUUAGACAUUUUCCAUUAUACCACGCGCCAUACCGCUCCUUAUUAGGGGGACUCACCAAGCAUCAGCACGCCAUACUCAUCGAUUUGGGUCGCACAUUCCCCAAGCACUCGUACUUCGCAUCAGCACUUGGUCCUGGUCAAUUAGCUCUAUACAACAUUCUUAAGGCAUAUUCUCUACUGGAUCCUGAUGUGGGAUACUGUCAAGGACUGAGUUUCGUAGCUGGAGUCUUAUUGUUACACAUGGAAGAAGCUGAAGCAUUCAUAUUACUUCGUCACUUGAUGUUCAGGCGUGGCCUGAGGAAACAGUACUUGCCAGACAUGAGUGCUCUACAAGUACAGCUGUACCAGCUGUCCCGUCUUCUUCGUGAUCAUGAACCAGAACUACACGCCAAGUUGGAGUACCUGGACAUCUCCCCCGCACUAUACGCCGCACCAUGGAUGCUGACACUCUUCACCAGCCAGUUCCCUCUGGGUUUCGUCGUCAGAGUCUUUGAUCUCAUAUUUUUAGAAUCUCUGGACGUUGUGUUUUCGGUCUCCCUCGGUCUCUUGUCAGCGCAUAAAGACGGACUCAUGAUGUGCGAGAGCUGCGAGGAAGCCGCCGAGUACCUAAAACAUAAACUCCCAGACAUCGAUAAAGACAUUUACGAGAAAAUAAUGAAGAAGGUCCACUCUUUAGAUAUAUCUCGCCAAUUGAACGACUAUGCCGUCGAAUACGCGGUACUUCGUGAAGAAAUGCCAAGAUUGGCGGCUUUAACUGAAGAUAAUAGGCAAUUGCUGAUGGACAAGACUCGAAUGAGUGAGGAAUUGGAUUCGGCGAUGGACGCGAUAACGAAUUACCAAAAAGCACAAAUCCGUUUGGAAACGCAAAACAAAACGAUGGAACAGCAACUAACGUUGCUCAGUCGCUACAUAUCCGCCAAUCACCGGCAAGAGGUGCCCGCGGAAAUCAAGAGAAUCAUCCAAUCGCACUGCAAGAGGGUACCGUUCAGUUCUAAAAUUACAUCUUUCAGUUCAAAAUUCACGUCCAACGAAGAAGAUUCAGAGGAAUCUAAGAAAGUUUUCAAAACUGGUAUAUCUGCACCGAAUCUAUUCGCUAGGAUAUCAAAAGAGGAUGUUGUGAAUGCUGUCACUAGAGAUAAAACGCCGGAAAAUGAUAGAAAACUGUUCAUAAUGAAGAAAUCGCAGUCCGUAAAUUCCGGUUUGAUCGCAAACAAUCUGAAGAAUUAUCCAUUGAAAGUUUUAGAGGAAAAAUCUGAGAUUGGCGACAAAAGAACCGAGAACUACAGAGACGCAUUGAAGGAUUCUUUAAAAGAAUUGGGGAAGAAAAACACUGGUUUCUUUGCCAGCACACACGAACAAAUAAGACAAGAGAGAUUAUUCGAGCAACAAUUGAAGAAUCAUUUCGACGAAAAUCUGAAGAAGCUCGACGAGAAAAUUGAACCCAAAUCAUAUAUAGACGACUUGAAUAUGUUUCAAAGUAGAAAGAGUAUGUCUCUGAAUUUGCAAACGAAGGAUCGUGGUGGGAAGGACAGUGGUUUUGUGACACCCAUGAGUCCUGCCGACGAUAGGAGAGAAGAUUCUAUGUCUGUAGUUUCCCAUCCAUUGAGUGAUGUUGAUGUUGAUAUUAAGUUCGACGGACAAUCAACAAAGUUGAAACAAAUCAGGCCUUUUAAACAACAAACUUUUAUCGGUAAACAUACAUAA